AUGGUCGCGACUGCCAAGAAGGUUCCGAACACUGAGGGCCUUGCCAUCCUAUUACAAGCUCAGCAGAGGCGAGUUUGGAUGGAUGCUGGAAAAUCGGGCGAUGACGUCUUCAAGUUGCUCAAACUUGACGAAUCAGGGACCAAGCUUUUCAAUAGCCCACUGUUCACCACCUGGACUUCAUACGUCGAUGAUAUCAACAGGAACAAUCGUAACAAAGCAGUCUCGCUGGUUUCGCUACUGGCAAAACAGCUAAAACAAAACACUUGGAUCAUUGACCCGGACAGGGUGAUAUUUCAGGAAUACAGCAGGUUCUACGAGGCGAUGAUGACAACUCAUUGA